AGAAGAAAAGAAGAUCGUGGGAAGCACUAGAUGGCACAACUCCAUAUGGUCAACGGUCAGCACACAAAGCUCUCUCCACGGAGGCCAACCAAUUCCUCUUGUACAUUUUCCUCCCGCCACGUAAAACACAACAAACACAUGAACACAACAAACAACGACCAUUUCAAAAUACUUAAAUUAAAUAUAUUAACACAAUAAUAAAAAUAACAUAAUAAAGACGGAUAAUUCUGCCUUCUUUUCGCGCACCUCUGCAUCUCUCUCAAAACAAACUCAUUUCAUUCCCUUCACAAACAAAUACAAAAAACCAAGCUCCACCGUCUUCGAAAUGGAAGAUAACCAUCAACCUGAGAAGAACUCUAGUUUUGGCCGUAAAGAAGACACCGCCUCCUCCACCGACAACGGCCUUGAGUCACCGCCGGUGGACUCGCCAAAGCUUGGGGAGCCAAAAACAGAGGCACCGACGGAUUCAGAGACCAAGGAGGGGGAAAGUGAGAAAUCGGAAGAGAAGACUGAUCAGGUCGAAGAGAAACCAGCCGAGGAAGCUUCGCCACCUCCUUACAGUCUCGAGAAGGCGUUGGAGGACAUCGACCAGUUCGUCUCAAACUUUUCCGUCAAAAAUAAAGAGGAGAAUGACGAGCCGUUGGAGAUCCCUGCGUUUGUGGAGAGGUUCUUGGAUCUCUUGGAGGAAAAUAUAGGGAAGUACGAUUCCAAAGCUGAUCUGGUGAAGUCGAGAUGGUGUCAGGUUGUGGAGGAGGAUGCAUUGUUCAUUGAGGCCUUAUAUCGGGCAUCGAAGCUGAACGAGGCGGUGGUUGAGUUUAGAUCGGACGCCACUCACGGUUCGGUGAUCAAUCGAGUCGGCGGGCUUCAGCAGAGAGUAAUGUCGUACUUGGAGGAGGAAUUCAGGUUGCUUCUACAAGAUUCUAGAAACAACGAGGAUGAUCGUGGCGGAGGCGAUGGAAGUGCCAAAUUGAAGCACUCGGAAUCCAAUCGCUGCAAUCUACGAGAACCUGAGUCCAAAGAUGGUGAUUUUCCAGGCUAUACUGAAGAGGUUUUAUCUAGUUUGAAUCGGAUCGCAAAGGAGAUGAUUUCGGGAGGACACGAAUCUGAAUGCUGCGAGUUGUAUAUGAUCGCGAGAAGGGAAGCGUUUGAUGAGUGCUUGAUCAAUAUGGGAUUGGGGAAGAUCAGUAUCGACGAUGUGCAGAAGAUGCAAUGGGAUGCCCUGGAGACUGAAAUUGCCACGUGGAGCAAGACCUUCAAGCAAUGCGCCACCGUGUAUUUCCAAGGCGAGAGAAAACUCGCGGAUGCGGUUUUCACGGACUAUCCAUCCAUCGCGGGGAGUCUGUUCAGUAAUCUCACGCGCGGCGUGUUGAUUCAGCUCCUCAAUUUCGCGGACGCGAUCGCCAUGUCAAAACGUUCCGCAGAGAAGUUGUUCAAGUUUCUUGAUAUUUAUGAAACCUUGCGGGACAGUAUUCCCGCCAUGGAUGGGCUGUUCGAGGAGGAGUCUGCUAAAGAACUCAAGACUGAAACGACAACAACUAGGUGCCGUAUUGGCGAGGCUGCGAUUUGUAUAUUCUGUGAUUUGGAGAAUUCGAUUAAGUCCGAUACAGGGAAGACUACGGUUCCAGGCGGCGCUGUUCAUCCGCUCACACGCUAUACCAUGAACUAUCUAAAAUACGCAUGUGAGUACAUAGAUACACUUGAACAAGUCUUCAAGGAGCAUUCGAAGAUUGAGAGAGCCGACUCUUCAAGGAGGUCACAGUACGAGGGCCAAGACAACGAAACGCCGGAGCAGUCCCCGUUUUCGAGUCAGUUGACGAGGGUUAUGGACUUACUGGACGCGAAUCUCGAAGCGAAAUCAAAGCUUUACAGAGACACUUCAUUAAGCUCAAUUUUCAUGAUGAACAAUGGCCGCUAUAUCUUGCAGAAGAUCAAAGGGUCGCCUGAGAUCCACCAAGUGACGGGUGAAACGUGGCGCAGGAAGAGAUCGUCAGAUUUGAGGAACUACCAUAAAGGGUAUCAGAGAGAGACGUGGAGUAAGCUCUUGGGUUGUCUGAGUCACGAAGGAUUGCAAGUAAAUGGGAAAGUAGUGAAGCCGGUGCUGAAAGAGAGAUUCAAGAGCUUCAAUGCUAUGUUCGAUGAAAUUCACAGGACACAGAGUUGUUGGAUAGUAAGUGAUGAGCAGCUUCAGUCGGAGCUUCGGGUUUCAAUAUCGGCGGUGGUGAUUCCAGCUUACCGGUCUUUCUUGGGGAGGUUCUCACAGUACUUGGAGGCGGGAAGACAGACAGAGAAGUACGUAAAGUUCCAAGCUGAAGAUAUAGAGAAUGCCAUUGACGAGCUCUUCGAAGGAAACCCGGCGUUUCAGGCAAGGAGGAAACCGUAGCCAUCCGUGCAAGCAUAUUCUUGAAGGAGGUGGACCAAUCAAUUGAAGCCACGUCAGUAAGAAGAAGAAUAUUUAGUGAUUUUAAGAUGUGGACAAGGGUAAAUGUGGUCAAACGAAUUUUCUCCAUCGUCCGAUCCCUGCCUCAGCUGCCAGGGUAGAUGACAAAUUUUUCAUAGCUCGCCAACUGUCACGUUCUUGACAUCUUGUACAUCACCAAAAAUUUUUUCCUGUCUUUUUAAAUUCAUUAACUCUGUUGAGAUAAAUAAAAGCAACAAUUACUAUUUCAAACUUAACUAUAAUGCCACACCAUUUUCUUCGAAACAAAUCAUUGCAU